AUGAAUCAAGUUUACCAAACUAAAAACGUGGAAAUUAAUGGGAGUGCAUACAAGAUUUUGCUCCAGAACACUUCUGCAGCCACUGACAACAAUGGCAACAAUGGCAACAAUGAAGGCGGGAAUGCUUUAAUCGCAUUGUGUAACGUUUUAUUAUUGUCAGCAAGUCAUUCAACUAUGGCAAGAGAUUUGAUCCAAUUAGUAGGAAGGAACAAUGAAGUAACUUUGAAUGAUCUUGUUUAUGUGUUAUCGUCCGCAGCUAAUCAAAAUAGAAACACUAACACUUCUUCUUCCAGUCUUAUUGACAUCAACCAAUUGUUACAAUAUUUACCACAGAUGGCUGAUGGGUUGACUGUAAACCCAGGGUUUAAUGGUACAUUUGAAGAGGGGAUUGAAAUGGCCCUGUUUAGGUUGUUUAAUGUCGGGAUUGUUCAUGGUUGGAUUAUUGAUGGUGAAAAUGAUCCUGCUGCUUAUAAUCAUGUAGCGAAAUAUACCUAUGAGAGUGCUCAAAGAAUGUUGGUUCAAUCUUAUGACAUUAAGAAGAAUAAUUUGAAUGUAGAGAAUAGUCAAGAGAUUUUAGAAGACGCUCAAUAUGUUAAGGCAUUCUUGGCAAGAUCUGCUACACAAUUGACCGAAUAUGGGUUAAGGCAUUUAAGAGAACUGUUAGUAGAAAAAUCUUAUGCUGUGUUAUUUAGAAAUGAUACAUUUGUUACCAUCUAUAAAAAUAAUGGUGAGUUAUACAUGCUAGAAACUGAUCCAACUUAUAAAAAUGAUAGAGAUAUAAUUUGGAAAUCUUUAAGAUCUGUAAAUGGUUCCCAAGAUAAUUAUUACACAGGUUCUUUCAUCUUGGCAAGCCUAGAAAGGACAAAUACCUAUAAUCAAGGACAUACUGCAAUGCCUGCGACUGCCCAACAUCCACGAAACGGGCCAAUGCAUUCUAUUGUUUCUAAUCCAUUUAGUGAUGAUAAUCAAGAUAGACCUAACGGUAUGCAACAGACUGAAACAAAUCUUGACAGUGUGCAACAGAUGGAAACUGAUGAAGAGUUGGCCAGAAGAUUACAAGAAGAAGAAGAUAGGGAAGCAGCCGGUGAUAUACAAGGUGCCUAUAGUAGCCUAGCUGCUCGUAAUAGAAGGAAUAACAAUAAUAAUGAUAAUAAUAAUAACGGCAAUAAUAAGGAAGAAGACCGUAAAAAUAAAAGACAUUCGAUUUUUGGCUCUAAUAAAAAAUCAAAUAAUGGGAAGACUAGAAAGAGAGAUAAAGUAAAGAAGAACUGUAUUAUCAUGUAA